AUGGCUGCUGAAGUUGAACCAGAAGAUCAGAAGAAGAAGAAGAAGAAGAAGAAGAAGAAGAAGAAGAAGAAGAAGAAGAAGAAGAAGAAGCGAUCGCUGGAACAAGGCCUUUAUUCGCCCGACUUUUCGGAUUCUCACUUGAACCCAUCAUCAGAGGCAGUGGCAGAAAAGGGUGACUCGUUCACAGGACGUUGCAGUAUUUAUUGGAUGCAGUCGCAAUGCUACCGCAUACCUAUAGUAAUUAACCACGCUCCUCUUCAUCACGACUUGUUGCCCGCUGGUGCGCUAAUUGCGCAUGUGCUGAGGCAUAGUCUGGACAAAGUAACUGACCUCUCGGGGAGCUCGCAAGCCAGUGAGCCAGAUGACCGAGCAAUCGUCACGCCAGCACCCAACACGGGUGAUGAGAUUUCAGCAAUUAACAACUUACAUACCGGCCAUCGAGCAAUUAGCGCACCAGCGGGCAACAAUUCUUGA